AUGCCGCCCGUUUCGCUAUCGUCACUCGGAAGAAAACAGCUCAUCACCUCUCUUUGCGAUCUUCAGAUUCCUAGCACCAUCCAGUUCUCGCCCAACGCCCAGCAGAUAAUCUACUCAACGAAUCUAGCAUGGAAUCAUCGCAAGCUCAAAGAACCCUCCCAGGCCACUCUAUGGCUUGCAGACACCGGCAAAUCAGGCUCUUCCCGGCAGAUUACAUCCGGCCGAUUUAGAGACCACUCUCCACGAUGGAAUCCUAAUGGACAGAGCAUAGCUUUCAUAUCUGAUCGUGCUGCCCCAGGUAAGAAAUGGGCCAUAUACGGAUUGAACAUCGGCAAUGGAGCGCCUGAAGGCGAGGUCUAUUCCGUUACCGAUACGGAGUCUGAUCAACAGAUCGCUGGCUUCGAAUUCUCACCUGACGGUAAAACAAUAGCGUGGAUUUCUGCAGACGGAAAGACUCCAGACCAAAAAGCUCGCGAAGAGAUCGGUGAAGACAUGCAAGUUUGGGGCGAAGACAGGUCGUAUGCUCGGCUGCGCAUAAUCGAUAUCUCUUCGAAAUCGACCACCGUGCUUAUGGGCGAGGUGCCCGAGCAACACGUUGUUGGGCUCAGCUGGAAUCCACAAGGUGGGCAGAUUGCCAUGGUCAGCAAUCGCUCUCCAGAUAUCGAAGAACCAUACAAGACUGGCUCAAAAAUUUCCAUCCUGACGUUCAAGACCUCGGCCUGUCUGGAUGUAUGCACAUUCCCCAACGCGCUCCAACACGUCGCUUGGGCUGCAGAUGGCAAGAUAUACUUCAUCUCGGGCACACCGGAGAACAAAGUGUGCGCUGGCACAGCGGUAUACGCCGUCAACCCGAACAUAUCGAAUGAAUGGGAGAGGAUUGCGCAUGGCGUGGUUGAUGACGCCGAAAGGCUGACAAUAGUUAGUGGGAAGCCGGUGGUACAAGUCCAGCAUGGUCUCAAGGAUCAGAUUCACCUCACCCCUUCACAGAAGCCCAUCUACUCUGUGCAAGAGCGAAUUGAGGCUUUCGCUGUUGCUUUCCCACAGGACGGCAUAUCUACACUCAUAGCUGUCGCGACAUCAUCGAUCAACAAACCCAUUGAGGUCUACACCACUUCCACAUGUGAUGGAAACCUGGUGCAAAUUUCAUCCCACGGGGCAGCCUUCGCGGGUCAGCACUUUGGAACAUGCGUCCCACUGUCGACUCGCUCGGCCGACGACGAGGUCGAACUUGACAGUCUCUUCCUUACCCCUUCGACGAGCCCUGAGCCAUCCGAUAUCCCCAUGCCGACGAUCGUCUUGAUCCAUGGAGGUCCAAAUGAUCGCAACACAGAAUCUUUCAAUACUUACUAUUACUAUUGGACGGCCUAUCUUCUACGCCUUGGCUACAGCAUUCUUCUCACGAAUUAUCGUGGCAGUUCGGGCAAGGGUGAAGCCUUCGCCUCGUAUAGUACACUGGGUGUUGGAAAGUGGGAUUAUGAGGACGUGGUUACUUUGACCAACAACGCCAUCAGUCUAGGCUACGCCGAUCCAAACCGUCUUGUCGUUGGCGGUCUCAGUCAGGGAGGGUUUUUGACAUAUCYCUGCAGUACAAGGAAUGGAUCCCGAUCUCCUUGGAAAUUUGCUGCCGCCAUUCCCCUGGAUGGAACAAUAGAUUCUGAUGCCAUGGCAAUAACAUCUGAUCUCGGCUCUACACUAGAAGGGGAACUCAGCGGAGGCCUUGCACCUUGGAACAUGGCAACUGAUGACACUCGUACUCGGCAAGCGUCGGCUUUGUGGGAGGUGCAUGAUGCGGUGAAGAGGAGCAGAGAGACGGGAGAGAUGGUCAUACCACCCAUGCUCAUCUUGCAUGGGGAAAAGGAUGAAAGAUGUCCAAUCAAUCAAGCUUGGGGUAUGAGAAGAGCUCUGGAAGCUCAUGACCUGCCGUACCAGUUUGUGAUGUACCCGCGACAACCGCAUGUUUUCAUUGAGAGAAAAUUCUGGCUGGACUUGGCGGAGCGCGUUGGCUCAUGGUGCGAGAAACAUAUCGGGCCUGGCUAUUAA